AUGCAUCAGAACGAUUCAGACGAAGAAGAACCGAGAAGAACGUCUUCUAGAAGGAACUCUGGUCCGUUCUCAAGACGUGGCAGUAUCAAGAAGGAAACAGAAGGGAAGAUAUCUGCACCAGGAUCGAGAACUUCAACUCCCAAGAAGACAGUGAAGGCUUCAGGAACACAAAACUUGGAGUUACUGGUCACAGGAAAACAAUUGUUGAAGAAAAGCGACAGAGCCAACUCUCUUCCGAUAACCAACAGGCGUCAAUCAACGGACUCUAUAAAACGAAGACUUGUACCGAAGAGUUUUAAAACAUCUCUCUCACAGAGCAGAGGAACUUCUAUAGAUGAUGAUAUGUCUUUGGAUCUAUCUCAGGUGACGAAAAAAAUAAUAAUAAAUUAA